UUGUGAAACCAGAACAAUGCCAUAUAGGCCUACAUACGCCUAAGCCUGUUUGUUGGGCUUUCAAAGGAGCAGUCAGUCUCUGGCUGAUAAGGAAACGCAACACAAGAACAACUAUCAGUAGGGUAAAACGUUUCUCAGAGCAACAAACAUAGCCGGGAUCACCAUGCUGAUCCACGGGACCCUGCUGUCUGCCUUCGGGAUGUUGCUUCUCCAUGUUUCUCCUCUCAGAUCCGUGAACUCGAGCCUUUACAAAAGCAAGAUCAGGUCGCCAGAGGAGGGGGCUAUACGGUUGGCGGGCUCGAAGACACGCUCCCAGGGCCGGGUGGAGGUCUACCUUCACGGGGAAUGGGGAACCGUGUGUCACAAUGCCUGGGACCUGCCCGACGCGCAGGUGGUGUGUCGUCAGCUGCACUUCAAAGGAGCCGUAUCUGCCGCCGCUGGAGGGACGUUUGGCGAAGGAACCGGACAGAUUUGGCUUGACCAGACGAAGUGUGUUGGCACAGAGAACUCUCUUUCCAACUGUUCCUACAAUGGAUGGGGAUUAAUGGAUUGCUCACACAAGGACGAUGCUGGAGUCAUUUGUGUAGCAGGCACUAGUGCGACAGAGACCUUUGUGGACCAUAUUCUUGAACUGUCUGAGGAUCUUGGGCAACUCUUUGACAGCGAGGAGGGCUGCGACUUCCUGAUCCACGGAUACACUUACACUGGCGAGAACAGAGACGAUGGGCUUUGGGAGAUGGUGGACACAACAGUGUGCGCACACAGGAUGAUUCUCUCACGUUUCCCUGGCUUCAAUGCCCCGACGGACGUAGACCAAAUAUCAAUUCAUCUCACCCAGACGUGCCUUCCUCAUCUACCCAGUUUGAUCAGGUACGUGUACACGCGGAAGCUGGAAGUAUCCAGGACUACCGCCGAGUGUAUCCACCAGUUGGCUUCGCGCUUUGGAAUGAGGAGGUUGAUGGAGGACGCCGGGCGCCUCUUCACCAAGCUUCUCCCUGAGGACCGCUCCUUCCUCACCCAGGUCUCCUUCUACGAGUACUCGGUGGGAGCGGGCGACCGGGUGCUGCAGGAGAACUGUCUCCAGUACAUGGCGUGGAACUUCCAGAAGCUCAGCACCUCCAAGGCCUGGAGCUCUGUGCCAGCAGAACUGCUGCAGGCCCUUCUGUCCCGCUCUGACCUGGUGGUGCCGGGCGAGACCUUCGUCCUGGCAGCGCUGGAGGACUGGGUCUCCCGGGUGAACCGGACGACCAGUGAGGAGCAGCAGGCCGCCUUGUUGGCCCGCGUGCGCUUCCCUAUGAUCCCCUCCAAGGAGCUCAUCAAGCUACGGUACACCUCCGCCCUCUACUCCGCCCAUCCAACUCUGUAUCAGGAGAAAGUCCUGAAAGGGUUCCAGGCUCACUCGCUGCCCUUCGGCACUCUGAAGAACAGCUCCAACUUCCAGGCAGACGACCGGGAUUACCAGCCCAGGAUUUACACCGCCCCCCCGUGGAGCGUUGCUUAUGACCAGAGCGUAGGAACCAUUGGGCGUCCGAUCGACAACCCGUACGACCGGUUUGGUAGGGGUUCACAUCGAGGCAAAAACACCCAGUAUUACAAGAAGCCCAGUCUGCGGACCACUGAACAUCACAGCACACCUGUCCACACCAGCGCUCUCUUCAAUGACAGAAAGGUUGACUGGCAGCUGAACCUCUUCAACGAGCAAAGCGACUGCUCCAGCCGUGGUUUGCUUUGUGAUUCACUGCCUGCGGCCAGAAUGAGAAUGUCCACGCCCAAGUACCAGGACCAGGACCAGGGCAGCAUCCGCUACAGCAACCGGCUGCUGCUUAGCUGCCGAGGAAGAUUCAUCUUCCACAUCGUGGACUUCAAGGAUGAUUUUGCUUAUGUGCCUGCUGGUGCGAAUGUAACAUACCCCUGCCCCAAUGAAGGGUAUAUCUACCACUUUGUGGUGAGGCCCGAAUACAUCUGAGAUGACUGCCCCUCGUGGCGUUGGAGAUGUUGGUGGUUGGGGGUGGUGGUAGAGAUGGUGGUGGAUGUAUGUAGAAUCCCGAGGAGAUUUAACCAGGGAAAGGCUGGUCUGAAAUAGGCCAAACAGCCAUUUUGGAGGUGGGUUCUGAGUGGGCCAGACUGAAUGCUAUACUGGGGGUGAGGGGUGUAUGACAUAACACAGAAUAGAUUACAAAUUCAUUGUUUUUGAAUAAACUUGUCACUGUA